CUAUUUGUUCUCUAUGAUUGGAACUGACAUGUGAAAUGUGUCAGGUUGUGUCUUCAUCAUCACUGAUUUGUUUGGAGGAGUCGAGCUUGAACGCUCUUUUGUCCCAAUUAUAAUAAUGACAACAUUAUUCAAAUAAGACUGAAGUGGUCGGGCAGAGAAUCAGCGCUGUAUCCAUGCAAACACAUGCACAGCAAGCAAACCCGCAAACCUCGGCUUUGGAUUCAAAUGAAGACACAAACAUUUCCAAGUGCGUCCAUCUUUGCUGAUGAUGCAGCAGACAGGCUGACCUCCAGUCAGGAGGAGAAGCAUGUUCUUCCACUCACAGAGACUGAAGCCUGAAACCGAACGGCCCGUUUACUGCGUUUAACCUCAGUCCUAGUUUCAUGGUUCGACGCCUGUGACCUCGUUUAGCUCCAGUUCACAGCCCGUUCUGCCAGACGUCAGUCUGUUUGCAUCUGUAAUAACUUUGAAUAAGUCAUCUUCAGUUAAAUGACUCUGAGCAUCUUUAAUCAAAUGCACUGUAAUGAACACUGGGCUGCUUUCUAAAACCACUUUUACAAAGUCUCUGAUAGACGUGGGAGGAGGAGCGAGGAUGACAUUUAUAUCAGAUGAAGAGUUCUGACUGUGUCACAGCUGAACAGACGUCUCAUCGUGUCGGAGCAGCUGCAGAUGAGAUUCAUGAGGACGUCUUCACAGUUUUUCAGCUCUCAGUCAUGAAGAGGUGUGGACUGAUCCUGCUGCUGCUCUCAGGUUACGUGAUGGUCUGCCAUCUUCAGUCUGAUCAGUUAGUCAGACAGCUCCACCUGGUUGACCUGCAGAAGUCCUGGAACGAUGCUCAGCAAUACUGCAGAGAUGAGUACAUCGACCUCGCCAUCGUUAACAGCUCAGCUCUCAUCCAGGAAGCCCAGAAAAGGGCGGGGAGCACAGAGGCGUGGAUUGGACUCUUCAAGAGCGACUGGAAAUGGUCUCAAACUGGUCCAGUUCAGUCAUCCUGGUUUAAUAUGUGGUCCCCGGGACAGCCAGGGACUGAUGAGUGUGUUACAAUAUUUAGUGAUGGAUCAUGGUUCACAAGACCGUGCUCAGCUACUUAUUUCUUUUUCUGCUAUGACGCUGCAACUAACAAACACAUCCAGGUGAAGAAGUCAAUGACCUGGUCUGAUGCUCAGUCUUACUGCAGACAGACGUACACAGACCUGAGCACCAUCAACAACUUGCAGGACAACACCCAGGCCGCUUCAGUGUUGUCACUUAAUUAUCAAGCCUGGAUUGGACUGUACAGAAACUGGAUGUGGUCUAACUCGAGCACAGCCUCCAACCUGCCGUGGGGGCCCGGGCAGCCUGAUGACAGUCUAAACUGUGUCACAAUAGUUGGAUCAACGGGCUCCUUCAACAGUCAUAACUGUGAUGACCAACGCCCCUUCCUCUGCUCCAGAGAUGUCAAACCUUCAGCCUCGAGGUCAGUGAAGGUUCAGCUGAGGGCAGGAUCUGCAGACCUGAACGACCCCACAGUGCAAGAAUCCAUCCUGCAGCAGGUGAGGGAGAAGCUGGUGGAGCAAGGGAUCAGAGAGGAGGUGAAGCUGAGGUGGAGGACGCAGCCUGAUGGGAAGAUUUUCCACAGAGAGGAGGAGACAGCCGGUGACAGUGAGGAGGAAGACUGUGGGUCGGUUUAGUCUGAACGUUAUUGGCUGAUGUUCCUCAGAUGAUCUGCUGUGUAAUUCAACUUAUUUCCGUCUCUGUACUCAGAGUGCUGGACUGUAACAGCGUAGCUUUGCAUGACUGACAGUUGAAAAUAAUCCUUCUUUAUCCUAAGCUCAGAUCACAGAGUGUCUGAUGAGCUGUUUUAUGCCUCUUUGUUUCUUCUGAUUGGUGAAGCUAAAGUUUGCAGGUGAGCAGUUGAGCGGACCUUCUGUGUCUCAGAUAUACAGUAAAUGUUAAUGAUAUCCUGUCUCUACAUAUGAAAGUUCAAGAGGAGAACAAAGUGAACCUGAGUGUUCAGAGCAGUCUGAUGUCUGAGCUUUUUGACUU